AGGCUUUCCAAACUGAAGAUUUUACUUCUAACCCCAGAAGACGGUUAACUCCCAUUAGUACGUAAGUCAGCCACUUUAUUAGGAAAAAGGCAUUUUGUCUAGUCAGGCAGGCAGGUCACUUUUACAGACAGGUGUGCCCAAGACCUAUUGUCAAAGCGCCCUCUGUAAUCUCUAAACACUGGUUAAACUUUCAGUCGUUUCCAUAGAGAUAUUACCAUGGCUCAUUCAGCCCUCCGGGGAGAUUAUUACAAAAGGCUUCUGACAAACGCAAAACCUGUUGUGACCCAGAACAGCUGCCUGCAGGUACAAUAUGUCAACAGCUUUUUAUUUGGGAAGUCUUCAAACUUUUUAUGUUAAAGCGCGCAAAUCAAGAAACGGAUAGCUGGGAUCUUUAGCUGCACACAGAUCAGCAGUCACGGGUGUGAAAAGAACUGUAGAAUCGGUGUCACACCCGGAAGUGAGAAGUAUUUUAACUGCGUUACAAAGCAAUAAACUUCUAGUCUUUUCAGAUACAAGCCGUGGCUGUGAAAUAUAUAUCCUUUUGGUAUUCUUACAGGGUAAUAACAUGCUGAAUAUAAUGGCCACAAGAACAAUGUGUGCAAUUGUGGGUAUCACUGUUUGCUUCUUCCUGGUUUGUAAUGCCAACGCGAUGAUAACAGACUCAACACCAACUCGGAACCAUUCUGCGACAUUGGUAAAUACAGAGAAUUCAAUAGUUAGCACUUCUACUCAUAGUGCAGAAACAACUCUGUCUACUGACUCAGAUGUAACCAAUACAAGUUUCAGCAGUACAAGUACCACAACACUGAAUGCUUCAAAGCUGCCACAGAUUUCUGCAUUCACAUCUGCUGCCACCACUCAGAGUACAGUGAAUGUAUCUGGACCUUCAACUUUAAAAAACACUGCAACAUCAUCUUUAUCUUCUUCUAGCACUAUGACUCUUCCUGGACCUUCUUCCAGCACUAAUAAUCAAACAUAUAGCACAUCAACAUCUGGGGAAACACGGGUCGUAUCAACAUUACUUCCAACCGAGACAAAACCAACUCCCCAGGGCAAUGGAACUGAAACAUCUCCCAAUGGUACUGCCUCAACAGCAUUGUCAGGUGCAGAAAAACACAGUAUGGACUAUUCUGAGAUCAUCUUGACGUCCAUCUUCAGCGUUAUCUUAGUUGUAGUUGUUUUAGUAAUACUUUCAUUUGGUUUCAAAAGAUGCCUAAGGGGUACAUCUCAAUAUUCUCAUCAUCCUCUUUAUGAAACUUCAUAUGAACCAGCAGAUGGAUAUUCACCACCUGAUGACACUUUGGUGAUCUCUGGUGGGUUAUAUGAUGCACCACGAAUUUAUAAUCCCAACAUGACAGUUUUAGAUGAAGAGGAGUCUCAAAAUGAUUAUGCAUCUAUCAACUCAAGACCAGGACAGUUCAGACUUGAGUUCUUACCUGGAGAUAAGGACAUAGAUCCCAUGUCACAAAGAAGAAAUGUCUGAUGCUGGAAUACCUUAUUAAGCUCAGUUAUCAAUUUGAGAUAUUGGUUUAUUUUUAAUCUUAGUUUUACCACCUACUUGGAUUCAUCAAGUAUUUACCAUAGAUAAAAUAAUGUUGCACAUCACAUUGAAAGCAAUGGGUCAAGCAAAGUCUAGACCUAAUUUAAUUGGUAAAUCUGUAAUUUAUCAGAGAAUUUGUGAUCUGUGAACAGUUAUCAUACAGUUGCAACAAAUGUAACACUACUCAAUUUUUUUCAUAUACAGAUCAGAAGUGUUUUGGAGCUAAACUGAUAAGUCGAGAUAGACCCCUUUUACACGGUGCGUCUGAUUAGGUCCGCCUGUCGGUUUUUCAGGUGGACCUGAUCAGAUGGUCCAUUCACCCCUAUGGACAGGUGGGUGUAAACGGACUACCUCUGAGUCCAAUCUGAUCAGGUCCAUUCUUCGGAAGUCUAGGUGGAUCAGAUCGGAGGGUAGUCGAUCCGAUCAGGUCCAUUCUUUGGAAGUCUAGGUGGAUCGAAUCGGAGGGUAGUCGGGUGUAAACAGAUAGCAGAGUCAGUUUACUCCUGGCUGCCCAUAGAGCAGAGCAGGUUGUGUGUACACUCUGAGUGGACACAAAUGUGUCAUCUGCCUGCUCUGCUUCGAUCCGCAAGAAAUCUGUAAGCAGAUCCUUUGAUGAUGGGACAGAGUUUGCCCCAUCUGAAAGGGGCCACAAGGAACAUUAAUAACAUAACAAAGAUUGGUUAAUAUGAGUAUUACCCAGACUAGUGAGAUGAUCUCUGAGAUGUUACCGGUUACUGCACAAAUAUAUAUAUAUAUAU